CCAACUAGCGACAACCGGUAAACGGAUGGAAGUCCUCCGGGCUGCUGAUGCUGAUUAUGUCGGUGUUUGAGAGCAGGCUAAAGGCGGUGCUGGAGUCCGCGGUGUUAGAGAUCCUUCGUCUGCAUGAGGAGGGACUGAAGCUCCUGCGGCUGCAGAUUAAACACCGGGACGCGCAGAUUCACGAGCUCAACCGGAGACUCACGGCGGCGGAGACGCUCCAGCAGCCCGCGCCCACCGCACAGUCCGCCGCUGGGAACGGUAACGUCAUAGUGGAAACUACUUACCGCGUUCACCAUCCACAAGGCCGUCUCAUUCAGAAACCUGCAGCUCAUCUUCACCUUGACAGAAAUCUAGACGAAAACCAGACCAACCAUAAACCUGAUGAAAACCCUUCCAUUGUAGAAACACACACACAGAUCUACAGUUCAGAAAGAGGAGAUGAAGAUGAGGAUGCUAACAUUGAGGAAGAGUUCAGCGUACUGAUCCACGCAGACACCAAGCAGAACUUACCCUCAGAUGAAGAUCUCCAGGAAAGCACAGAGUUCGCUGAGGAUCCACACUGCUCUGUUACUCCUGCAAAAGCACACGCAUGCUCAUUUACAUCGGUCGACAGCACACAAACCUUCCACAGCAUCAGUUUUGAGUCUGUGAUGCAGAACUCAUGGGCUGAAAAAGCAGAACUCACGCAACCGAUCAGAGAUUUCCCUGAUGUUGCACAUGUUCAGGAUCAUAACCAGACCCCCAGCAGCAGCAGACAUGUGUUUAUGACGAGGGAAGCGGUGCAGCAGAGGGACGGCGUGCAGGAGAAGUGGUUCAUCUGCUCGUUCUGUGGGAAAAGCUUUGACCGUUUCAGUCACCUGCAGAUGCACAGACGAAUACACACCGGAGAGAAGCCCUUCAGCUGCACGACCUGCGGAAAACACUUCUCACAGCAGAGCAACCUGCGCACACACCAGAAGAUCCACCGCAGGACACACACACACAUGAAGAACUAUAGCUGACACACACACACAGACACCUGAUCCAUCACACACACUUGGGCUUUAGGUUCCAUGAAGCUGGAUAAGCUGGUUAGCCAGUUAAGUUUCAGUUUAGUCUGCACCAAACUUAGGUAUUAGGUACCAAGAAGCUGGAUUAGUUUGCACUAAUCCUGAAUUUUAGGUACUAUGAAGCCAGAUUAACUGGCUAACCAGUUCAGUUUCAGUGAAUUUUACACCAAUUCUGUGUUUUAGAUACCAUGAAUCUGGAUAAGCUGGUUCAUUUUUAGUUCAGUUUUUUAAAUAAAUCUUGGGUUUUAGGUACCAUGAAGCUGGAUAAAUUGGUUUAGGUUUAAGUUUACUUUGCACCAAUCCGGGGUUUUAGAUACCAUGAAGCUGGAUUAAAUGGCUAGCUAGUUAAGUUUCCAUUUAAUUUACAGCAAUAGUGUGUUUUAGAUGCAAUGAACCUGGAUAAAUUGCAGUUUAGUUUGCACUAAUCCUGGAUUUUGGGUACUAUGAAGCCGGAUUAACUGGCUAGCCAGUUAAAUCUCAGUUUAUUUGGCACCAAUUCUAGGUUUUAGGUACCAUAAAACUGGAUAAGUUGCAGUUUAGUGUGCACGAAUCCUGGGUUUUAGAUACCAUGAAGCUGGAUUAAAUGGCUAGCUAGUUAAGUAAAAAUUUAUUUUACACCAAUAGUGUGUUUUAGAUACCAUGAACCCAGAUAAAUUGCAGUUUAGUCUGCACUAAUUCUGGAUUUUCGAUACCAUGAAGCUGGAAUAACUGGCUAGCUAGUUAAGUUUCCAUUUAAUUUACACCAAUAGUGUUACAGAUACAAUGAACCUGGAUAAAUUGCAGUUUAGUUUGCACUAAUCCUGGAUUUUGGGUUCUAUGAAGCCGAAUUAACUGGCUAGCCAGUUAAGUCUCAGUUUAUUUGGCACCAAUUCUAGGUUUUAGGUACCAUAAAACUGGAUAAGUUGCAGUUUAGUGUGCACUAAUCCUGGGUUUUAGGUACCAUGAAGCUGGAAAAGUUGGUUUAGGUUCAAGUUUAGUUUGCACCAAUCCCGGGUUUUAGAUACCAUGAAGCUGGAUUAAAUGGCUAGCUAGUUAAGUUAAAAUUUAUUUUACACCAAUAGUGUGUUUUAGAUACCAUGAACCCAGAUAAAUUGCAGUUUAGUCUGCACUAAUUCUGGAUUUUAGAUACCAUAAAGCUGGAAUAACUGGCUAGCUAGUUAAAUUUCAGUUUAUAUUGCACCAAUUCUAGGUUUUAGGUACCAUAAAACUAGAUAAAUUGCAGUGUCGUGUGCACUUAUACUGGGUUUUCGAUACCAUGAAGCUGGAUAAAUUGGUUAAGAUUCACUUUAGUCUGCACUAAUUCUGGGUUUUAGGUACCAUGAUGCUAGAUAAGUUGGUUUAGGUUUAAGUUUAGUUUGCACCAAUCCCAGGUUUUAGAUACCAUGAAGCUGGAUUAACUGGCUAGCUUGUUAAAUUUCAAUUUAUUUUACACGAAUACUUUUAGAUACCAUAUACCCAGAUAAGUUGCAGUUUAGUUUACACUAAUCCUGGAUUUUAGGUACUAUGAAGCCAGAUUAACUGGCUAGCCAGAUAAGGUUCACUGAGUUUUACACCAAUUCUGUGUUUUAAAUACCAUAAACCUGGAUAAAUUGCAGUUUAGUUUGCACUAAUCUUGGAUUUUAGGUACUAUGUAGGUGGAUUAACUGGCUAGCCAGUUAAGUUUCAGUGAAUUUUACACCAACACUGUGUUUUAAAUACAAUAAAGCUGGAUAAAUUGGUUAGCCAGUUAAGUUUUAGUUCAGUUUGUUUAAAUCUUGGGUUUUUUAAUCCCAUGAAGCUGGAUAAGUUGGUUAGCCAGUUAAGUUUUAGUUCAGUUUGUUUAAAUCUUGAGUUUUUUUAAUCCCAUGAAGCUGGAUAAAUUGGUUAGCCAGUUAAGUUUUAGUUCAGUUUGUUUAAAUCUUGGGUUUUUUUUAAUCCCAUGAAGCUGGAUAAAUUGCAGUUUAGUUUACCACAAUCCUGGGUUUUAGGUACCAUGAAGCCAGAUGAACUGGCUAGCCACGACCAGUUAAGUUUCAGGUUAUGUUACACCAAAUUUUGGGUUUUAGAUACUAUUAAACUGGAUUAACUGGCUAGCCACGGCCAGUUAAAUUUCAUCUCAUUUUAUAACAAGUCUGGGUUUUUCAGUUUGGUUUGUUCAAAUCUUGGGUUUUAGGUUUCAUGAAGCUGGAUAAGUUGGUUUGGGUUCAAGUUUAGUUUGCACCAAUCCUGGGUUUUAUGUACCUUGAAGCUGGAUAACCAGGCUAGCCAAUUAAGUUUGUUUAGUUUGCACUAAUCCUGGGUUUUAGAUACUAUAAAUCCAGAUUAACUGACUGGCCACUGCCAGUUUAGUUUACACUAAAUCUGGGUUUUAGAUACCACGAAGCUGGAUAAGGUGGCUAACCAGUUAAAUUUCAGUUUACUUUGCAGUAAUCCUAGGUUUAAGAUUCCAUAAAUGUUGAUGGUAAAUUUAGGCUGAACGUACUUAAAACCCGGGCUUGGUGCAAAUUAAACAAACUUAACUUGUUAACCGGCUUCAUAAUACAGGCCCCAAAAGAUCCAUCUUAAUACACACAAAUGCAUGAAGACUUACAGUUUAGUUUGCACUAAUCAUGGGUUUUAUGUACUAUGAAGCCUGAUUAACUGGCUAGGAACUAAAGUUUCAGUUUAGUUUGUAUCAGUCUUGGGUGUUAGGUUCCAUGAAGCUAAAUAAGCUGGUUAGCCAGUUAAGUUUCCACCAAACCUGGGUUCUAGAUGCACACAGAAAUGAUUUUCGCUUCUAAUUAGAAAACCAAAUCUUUUUAUGCUCAAUCCACCUACAAUUGUAAAAAUGUUUAAGCUAACGUAAUAAGAUUUGUGUUUAGCAUGAAGGUAGCUUGGCUUUCAUCAUUCUUUGUUGCCAUGGAAACAUACCUCACAUACCUCAGUAUGAUAUAUUACCUCUGGAACUCAGUUUGCCAUCUAGCUUCAUGCAACAGGUCACAGAAGCAUUGAUUUGACUUCAAGAUACUUGAAACUCAGGCUUAGUGCAAACUAAAACUUAACUGGCUAAUCGGCUCUAUAAUACAGGCCCCAGAAGAUCCAUCCUAAUACACACAAACACACAUGAGAACAUAUGGCUGAAACACACACAUCAACCGUGACCAAUCAGUGCCUUCCGUCAGUCCAAAGACACAAACUGCUAAUGGACGAGCCUUCAGUUCACAUUUGCAUUUAAUAAAGAUCUUCACAGCUCAA